AAGUUUAAUUAACUAAAUUUCUUUUAAAAAUUUUCUUCCUCGUCUCUGAUUGGCUGUUUUUCGUUUGAAUGAUUUUCCGUUAAAGUGAAUUUUGUUUACAAACAUCAAGAGAGUUGACUGAAUGUUGGCUGAUUGUUUUUAAUUAAUUUCUAUAUUUUUCUCAUGUUAAUCAAUUAACUGGCUGAUUAAAUCAACUAUGGACUAUCUCAAGGAGUGUAUUGAACAGAAUAGAAUAGAUAUAAUCUCUGAUUUUAUUAGAAAUCUAAGCGACAUCAACGCUGUUUUAAUCCAUGAAGAUGACUGCAAUUUGAAUUUACUUCAUUUUGUUACUGCCGUUGACUCAAUCAACCGAGAUGAUGUAAUUAAAUUAAUUUUAACCGUUGAUGAGCUUGAUAUCAAUAAACACAGUGGACCAGGAAAUGAUUAUUUCACCGCCGCUCAUAUAGCCGCUUGUUUCGGCUAUACAACCACCCUGAAAGUGCUCCUCGAAAAUGGUGCCGAUCCCUAUUUGUUGGACAAGGAAAACAACACAGUUUGGGACAUUGCCGCUUUCCGAAACAAUUACAAUUGUAUUCUCGUUCUUGAGAGUGAAAUUAGUAAACCUGAGCCCUCACCAAGGAAACAGAUCGAUGAAUCCAUUUACUUUUCCUUGGUUAAUAUUAAAUUGGAAGAUGAUGAUGAUGAUGAUAGUAAAGAAAAAGGUGAUGAAACAAUUAAAUCAUCAGAUGAUAGUGAACAAUCAGUAGUCUGUGUUAAAGCGGUGGAAAAUCAUGUUAUAAACAAAGUGGAAGAAAAAUUAUGCCAAAGGUCACCUGCAACUCCACGAUCUGCACCAAUCAAACCAUUUACACCUCGGAAACUUUUACAAGGCCAAAGUCCACUCAGAGAUUGUCCGUCUAAAAAGACUCCAAGUAAAGAUAGUCCAGCAAAAGGAGGAGAUACCCCAACGAAGAAAAGUCCACCACGGAAAAUUGUACCAAGGAAAAGUCCACCGAGAAAAGAGCGGAAACCAAAAAUUACUAAGAAACAAGUGGACAGUUUAAAUGACACAAUUUACACGGAUGAAGAUUUCAAUGUAACAUUAAUUGAAUCAUGUGAUUCAGCAUUGGAACCAAUUGAUCCCCUGUUACAACAAUUAACUGAUCAAGAAGUUCGACAACAAUUAAUGGGAUUAGGUCAAUCUCCUGGACCAAUUAAUGAUACCACUCGAAAUGCUUACCUUAGGAAGCUGAAAAUACUUAAAUCGGCCUCAGUUGUAACCAACUCACCGGCUAAACCUAAACAACUUCAACCAUUAUCACCAUUGUCACCAUUGUCACCAUUUAAACCUUUACCAGCAUAUUCACCUUACAUCAAUGCAAUUUUACUUAAUCGUUUUAAAUUUAAGGAAUCAAAAAAAUUGGAAGAAGAGUUUGUUGAAAAAUUUUUUUCUAAUCCAAUUGGACCGACCGAUUUUUUCGUUUAUUUACUUCUUGACCCUCGGAAAUAUUGUCCAUCACAACCAUCGAAUAACAAAAUUGACAAUAAUCCAUUCGUUAGAUUCAUCAAAUCAAUCUUUUAUAUCGGUAAAGGUAAAAACAACCGACCUUAUAUGCACCUUUACGAAGCCGCUGCACCCGCUAAGAACAACAAGCCGAUAAGUGCAAAAGUUAAACUAAUCCAAGAGAUUUGGGACCAAGGAUUAGGGGUCAUUUCUCUUCAUAUCGUGAUUGCCAUGUCUUCCAAUGAAGCUUAUGCACGGGAAUCAUUAAUGAUCGAUGCAAUCGGAAUUAAUAAGUUAACUAAUAUUCGAUCGGGACAGCAAAAGAUUAAUUGGCCUGAGGCGAGAAGAAUGACUCUUGGAACUCAUUUUAUCUACAAUGCUUACGCAAAUGUUAAAACUAAUGGCGUAAGACAAAUUCGACGAGUAAAUAUUAGAUGAAUUAAAUCAUCUUCUCAAAUUAGUCCAGAGCUUAUUCCAUAUGGAAUCAUUGAGAAAUUUAUCAUUUGACUUUAAGAACAAAGAACAAUUUUCUUUUCUUUUUUUCCAUUUUAUCACUCAUCUUAUUUUCCAUCGAAUCUUUUUUUUUCCAUAUAAGAUCUCAUCUUUCUCAUUUGUUUUAAUUUUUUUCACCAGAAAAAAAAUCUUACUUUUUAUAAAUAAAUAUUAGAGUCGAAAUGAAAUAAAAGUGAUCUUAUUUGAAGUCAA